UACAAUUAGUCACAUUUCUGCUAGAAUUAAGGCUACACAAUCAUGUCCUUUAUACUCAGGUGGACACAGGCCUCUAGCACGUGGGUGGGGUUUCAGGCAUGUGAAUCUUGAUGGUUGGCACAGUUUUAUACAGUGUCAUUGAGCUUAGCCACUACCAGCUACUACCACCAUAUAUCCCACAUGUAUUGUGUGUGGAUUACUCGAGUUUGUCUUCUUUUUCUUCUGGCUUUCACCUUGAGGACAUUUUGCACUCCUAAUGAUUUGGUCCAGUCAGUUAGGCAUGUGAUGGGAAAAGUCACUUUCCAUCAGAAGGAAGGAGGUGUAACGUACCUGAGAGAGAGCAGGGAGCUGGCGGCUAACCUCCCAACCAUGAUUUCAUUUCAGCUGUCUGAUCAACAGCGCAAUUUACGCACAUUUAAAUUCACAUACACCUGGGAUUUAGGCAAUGGGGACGUGAUCGUGGGCUCAGAUCCAGUCAUGCAAUGCAGAUAUGCCUCAUCAGGAAACUACAAGUUUAAACUGGAUGUAGGAGUACGGAUAAACAAAGUUGUAAGACUCACUGGACUCUACUCAAUGGAUCUGACUGUGCUCGAUGCUAUCAGUAGCAUUGAGCUAAAAGGACCACUUAGUUACAGUGUGAACCAAAGCAGCAGUUUAUCUUUCCUCAUUGCUGGAAGUCUGCCGGCAUGGCUGUGUUGGAGAGUCUUGCCUAAUUGUCGCUCGCUCAGUCAUGUUUCCUGCAAGAUGGAGAGGCUUUAUGAAAGACAGUUUGAGCUGAACUACACCUUCAAAUCUCUGGGCACUCACUGCCUGGACCUGAACGCUCAGAACGACAUCAGCGAGCUCCAGGCCUCCUACAGCGUAUAUGUGCAAAAGAACCCGGUGAGUCUCCUUAUCUUCAUCUUGCCUUGUGCUUCCCUGAUUAUUGCAGCCGUCAUCUUCAUCGCCGUCUCAGUGUGUCGCCCUCAGCAGGUACUUCUUCAGUCUAACGAGAGAGAAGCUACAGGUUACCUUUCUUUUGCAAAAACUGAGCAUCAGACCAAUAAAGUGGACAAUCCUGAGGAAAUUCAGUCCUUGAUCAUCUCUGAGACAAACAACAGUGAAGCCCUGCCUCAUACAUAGACCUAUUAGUGUUUUUAAUUAACACAGCUCUCUCAGUAACUCUUCACACAUCUGAUGUAUCUCACUGCUCAUAUUCAGCCAUUCAGCCCUGACACAGAAAAGCACUAAUCAUGAAUUAGCCGGAUCUGGGACUUCAUUUGGUCCUCCUGCGUCACUCUCUAUUCCCUGAGGAGUGCAUUUGGACUCGGUGACAUUUCUUUCUCUCUCAUGUUGUUUUUUUUCCAUUUGUUAAUGUCUGUGCUGCUGCUGUGUGUGUGUGUGUGUUUUUUUUCUUCAUCAGGUCUGAAUGGCUCUCGUACAGUCACUAAAUGAAAUGCAUGGACUUCUGCUCCUCUUUAUCACCCAUCUCUGCUUGUGAGUCAUCUGGAUGCUGGACUGGAUAUAGGCUUAUUGUAUGCUUUACUUUUCUAUGAAUGCAUUGAAUUGUGGACGUUUCAGCAGGGAGGCUUUCUAAGGCUCAAGUUCAGACUUGGAUCAGCCAGAAAAUGUCUUUAAAUAAGCUUUUUACAUCUGGCAGUGAUAUCUGUAGGCUGAGGCCAUAUGAGUUUGUGUUUAACUUCGCACAUCAAUAAAAAAUAUUCUAAAAAAAACUUCACUAAAUCACUAAGGCACUAAAUCAGUGCCUUGCCUGAUUUUGACUAAUAUUUAGGUCUGGGGACUGAGAUGGUCAUUCCAGAACGCUGUGCUUGUUCCUCACAGUGGAAACUGACAGCUGAAAUAUCUGAGAUAGCUUUUUGUAUCUUUUCACUAAAACAUGAUGUUGAACAAUCUUUGUUUUCAGAUCAUUUGAGAGUUGUUUUGAGGCUCC